AUGAGACUCAUCUUUCAAGCAUGUUCAAUGAUCUUCACACUGGGCAAUCUGGUGGCUUCUCAGUCACAAUCUCCUGGCUGGAAAGAUGCCAUCAGCACCACAAUAAUCAAUUUCAAUAACGAGAAGAUGCAGAUCACAUGGGCAGCAAGAGAACUGUUUCCCAGCGAGAAUGUGUCAUUUUCUUAUACAUUUGAUGAAGGCAAGCACAAAGUUUGGAAGCCGUGUCCCACCUAUUUAUUGGAUCAAGAUUAUAAUUCUGGAUGUCUUUUUGAGGCAGAAGGACCCACCCUUGCCAUCUCUAUCAGGAACAGCAAUGGAAGUGAAGAGCUUUUUUCUAAAAGACUAAAAUCUGAUUUUUAUAUAAAGCCCAAUCGACCAGAAAAUGUGACCUUCUUCUGGAAAGAGGACACUGUUACUGUAAGCUGUAAUAAACCAGAGAGAGCUGUGAAGUGCUUGAGACUUGAGGUUCAAUACAAAAGCAAGUUUGACAAAGACUGGCAAUCCAGAACUUCUAAGUGUUGCAGUGUUGGAGAGCAAGGCUUUGAUCCAAGGAAAUGCUAUUCUUUCCGGGUCAGACUGAAGAGGCUAGUACCCUACUGCAAUGUAGUUGAUUACAGCAGUGACUGGGAAGCAGAAACAUUUUGGAUGAAUGGAACAUUAUUAGAUUCAUGUGAUGAUGAUAUAAAAUCUCAAUCAAACACAGUAAUUGUUUUAAGUUGUUUGCUGGCAGUACUUCUAAUGAUACUUAUCCUCUUGAUUCUUCUGUGUAAAUGGCAGAGGCUUCAAAAGUCAGUCAUGCCUGUUAUACCGGAUCCAAAAUACAUAUUUGCUGAUGUCUUCAGUGAUCAUAACGGAAACUUCCAGGAAUGGAUAGACAAAACUGAACAUGCAAUGGUACGAACCAAGCUAGAAUAUGAAGAGCCAGAGUGCAUCAUUGAGGCAGAAAGCCAGCAAGAAGACGAGAAGAAUAGUGACAAACAGGGGCCUCAAGAGAAAAUCUUCAGUUUUUCAGGAGCAGCUGAAAAUAAUGACCCCAAAGCAGCUCAGAUUGCCUGCCUGAUGCCAACGUCUAACACCAUAGCUUCUUUUGCUGGCUUCCAGGUUUUAAUGAAUGACGACAUGUAUGUGAUGUUAUGA